CUGCGGUCGCCAGUCGCCUUUGCAAGAAGUGGCGGAACGAUGGCUACGGAGCUUGAGGAGCUUAUAGGCUUUCUGUCUUCUCCGUCACCUCAACAACCUUCAAGAUUUGGUAUAACGAAGGUCGCUGUUGAUAUAGUUCGUGGACUAACUGGCUCUGAUGAUGGCUUGCAAUCCUUGGCUAAAUAUGCGAAGACAGUGCUACCAUCAUUAUCUCGACUCUUGGCUGGUCCGAAGGAGGUUUCUGAACCUUCAGCUGAAGCACUUGUUAAUUUAUCUCAAAACUCAAAUCUAGCAGCAGAGAUGGUUCAAUUGGGAAUGAUCAAAACUGCGAUGGAUGUUUUAUACAAGCCAGAGUGUAUCAUUACUCGCUUGCUUGUCAUGCUUUUGGUUAAUCUAACGCAGUUAGAUGCUGGUAGUGCUUCCUUGCUCCAGACUGGUGAUGAUAAGGUGCAUGGACUAUAUGUGAUGAAGCUUGUCAGGUCAUUUUGUAGAACCACCCAUGAAAGUCAUGAUGAUCCUUUUGAACAUGUUGGAUCAAUACUUGUUAAUAUCUCAAAGCAGCAAGCAGGAAGGAAGCUUCUGCUUGAUUCAAAGAGAGGUCUCUUAAAGCAGAUGAUUAGACAAUUUGAUUCAAACAGCUUAUUGAGAAAGAAAGGGGUCUUUGGAACUUUACGCAACUGUUGUUUUGAAGCUGAAAGUCAGCUACAAAAUUUACUUUUGAUAUCUGAGUUUCUCUGGCCAGCAUUACUUCUUCCAGUGGCUGGCCAUAAGUUAUAUAGUGAGCAAGACACAUCAAAGAUGCCACUUGAACUUGGGACUGCCCUCUCAAUUGAGCGUGAACCCGUUACUGAUGCUGAAAUUCGUAUUCAAGCAUUGGAAGCCAUAUACUUGAUUGUAUUGCAGGAGACAGGUCGAAGAGCGUUUUGGUCUGUAAAUGGACCAAGGAUAAUACAAGUUGGUUAUGAAGAUGAGCAAGAUCCAAAAGUAAUGGAAGCGUACGAGCAACUUGGAUCCUUGCUAAUUCAAAGCGGAGGAACAGAAGAAGAAUCAUCCAGUGAGAGUACAAAGCAGUGAUGCUUUUGCACCCAAAAAAAAAAAAAAAGGCAGUGACACUUUGGUGUUACCUUCUCUCGGCUAAGUAUUUCAGAAAGAAAUCUAUGCUGCAAAAGUUCAUUAUAAGCUGAAAUUUCCAUUUUUGAUGCUAGAAAUGCUACUUUUAGAGUUUCAUAGAUUAUGUGGCUUAGAUGUAUGCAAGUUGUAGAAUGAGUGGAAGAUAGUUUUUGCGUAUGCGGAGUCUUAUUUUUCAUCUCUGAUACAUAUCACGCAUUAGGGAUUUUCCUCAGAUCACGCAUAAUCAGGAGUUCUGGAUGCUGAUGAUUCUUUGAUGGAGUGCAUUUUUCGUUAUCCUAACUAUUUACCUUGUACCAUGUCCUUUCCUCAUCAUCAGUGGAAAGAGGGACUAAAUCCUAGAUUUAUGGGGAGUGAUUUCUAAAGAAUCAAACUAGAAGGACUAAUUCCCAAAUUGAGGGAAAGUAGUAGGACUGAAAGUUCUAUUUUUCUAUUAUAUGAAAUCAAUAAAAUCUUAUUGGAUUA